AUGCCGCGGUUCAGCGUGGCGGAGGCCAGUCUCUGGGGGUGCCAAUUCGUGCAGUUCCUGCAGGACACGGGCCGGGAGCAGACGAGCCUGCGGGAAACGCUGCGGACCAUCUACAACCAGGAGUUCCGCGGCAGGACUGAGGCAAGGACGCCCAAUUUUUCCUGCAUGUUGUUUGCGCUGAGGACAACCCACCAGGUUCAGGUGCGCGGAGAUCUGGUGAAAUUCAAGGUGAAGAGACAUGUGGUGGUGGCAGACCAGUACCGGCGACCCAGGAGCAAUGCACAGACAUCUGUGGCCACGUCUGCCUCAGGACAGCAGCUCAGCUCCACUCCACAAAUGCCCCAGCGCUAUGCCAAGCAGUGGGCUGAGCUCAUUCGUGGGAAGCACGGGGUGGAGAUCACCUCAGACUAUGACCAGGGCAACGGGAAUAUUCGCUUCCCGGCGGUGCCGGGCGAGCCCCGGACGGUCGCUGUCCUGGUGCAGAACCGUGGCACAGAGGUGGUGACACUGCAGCGGUUCCAGGCACAGCAGCAGGCGCGGGAGCUCUCCUUCACCGAUGAGCAAGGGGCAGUGCAGGGCCAGUCCCUGCUGCUACACCCAGGUGGGAUGUACCCCAUCCAGGCGCGGUGCCUCACCACCUGCAAUGGGCACUUCAGCGCUGUGGUGUCCUUCGAGUUCACCAAGGAGCCAGACGUGUCCUUCAGCAUCUCCCGCUACGUCGCUGCCAUUGCUGAGAGCCAGCUGGCCAAGGACCUGGGGCCCUCAGCACCUUUCCAGCCCUACGAGGCCAGCCUCCAGCGCCAUGUCACAGUCAUCACCGAGGAUGGCGUCCCCCCUGACAGCUCCCUGAAAAACGAACUGGAGAGGGAGAUCCCUCUGGGCACCUACCAGUACCCAAAGAGCCUCAAGGACACGAUCCUGCUCGGACCCAACUCCAGAGCCAGCUCCAGCUGGGCUGCCAUGCGCUCGCUGCUGGAAGCACCUCUGCAGGCUGAGAACUACUACCAGAAAUUCCAGCUGCUGCUGCACCUGGAGGAGAUUCAGAUGGAGGUGGACAUCCGUCGCUACGACAUGCAGGACGUGACCAUGGUGCAGGAGAGGGCACUGCUGGUUCUCGAUGUGCCUGGCGUGGCCGAGAACCGCCCAUCCCUGCUGAGAGGGGACCACCUGUUUGCCCACCUGAGCAGCGAGCGGGACCACUCCCCGCUCGUCCGCUACAAGGGCUACGUGCACAGCGUGGAGCUGGACAGGGUCAGGCUGGGCUUCUCCUCCAAGCUGCAGAAGAAGUUUGUGAAGAACCUGAAGUUCGAUGUGACCUUCACCUUCAGCCGGCUGCCACUGCAGGUGCAGCACCGGGCUGUAGUGCUGGCCGUGCGCCCAGGCUUGUCCAGCCUCCUGUUCCCCUCCGCCUCCUGCCACAAGUCCCUCUUCUCAGGGCCCUUCCAGCCGCGGUGGUUUAACCGCAAGCUGGAGACCAACGAGGAGCAGUGCAAAGCUGUGACCCACAUCGUGACGGGGGUGUCCCGGCCAGCCCCAUACCUCAUCUUUGGCCCCCCUGGCACUGGCAAGACGGUCACUAUGGUGGAGGCCAUCAAGCAGGUGUGGACAUGCUUCAAGGAUGCCCAUAUCUUGGCCUGUGCCCCCUCCAACAGUGCUGCAGACCUGCUGUGCCAGUGCAUCAUCAAGGACAUCGCCCCUCGGAAUGUCUACAGGCUCAUUGCCAGCUCCAGGAGCUACAGGGAAGUGCCCACUGAUAUCAGGCCCUGCUGCAACUGGGAUGAUGAGCAGAGCAGCUACGUGUACCCAAGCAAGGAGAGACUGAGCCACUACCGGAUUAUCAUCACCACACUGGUGACAGCAGGAAGGUCAGAGGAGCUGGGAUUGUCCCCAGCAUCCGUGGCAGGUGGACCUAGGGCUGCCUUGCAGCCGGGCUGUGGAAGCAGACCCUCUGGGAGUCAGCAGGGAGGGGUUGGAGGAGGGCAGGCAGCAGCAGGGAAAUCCCUCCCCUGUGGGAGGAUGAGGGUGAAGGGCAGGAGGGGAAGGACGGCCAGGUGGGGCAGGAUGCUGAGAACAGCCUCAUUGCGUCUCUCCUCCAGGCUGGUGUCAGCCAGUUUCGCCCCUGGGUUUUUCUCGCACGUGUUCAUCGACGAGUGUGGCCACGCGGUAGAGCCGGAGAGCAUCGUCGCCGUCGCGGGGCUCCUGGCGCCCAUGGAUGAGGAGACCAACCCCAAUGGGGGGCAGCUGGUGCUGGCAGGAGACCCCAAGCAGCUGGGCCCCGUCCUGACCUCACCACUGGCAAUCCAGUAUGGUCUGGGCACCUCGCUGCUGGAGAGGCUGAUGCUGCACAACCCCUUGUACCAGAAGUCGAGUGGAGGGUACGACCCACAGUUCAUCACCAAGCUGCUCUGGAACUACAGGUCCCACGAGGCCAUUCUCAGGAUCCCCAACGAGCUCUUCUAUGACAACGAGCUGAAGGUGUGCAGGAGCAACAGGCUUGACAUCCGGAAUCUGUUUUGUACCUGGGAGGAGCUUCCCAAAAAAGGCUUCCCCAUCAUCUUCCAUGGGGUUUGUGGGGAAGACCAGAGAGAGGCCAAGAGUCCCUCAUUCUUCAACACGGCUGAAAUUGAGGUUCUGGUCCACUACCUCAAGAAGCUGCUGCAGAGCCGGGGCAGGGGAAGCUGCCCCAGUGUGUCCCCCAAGGAGAUUGGCAUCAUCUCUCCCUACAGGAAGCAGGUAGAGAAGAUCCGGAAAGCCAUCACCUGCCUGGAUCCCGAUCUGCAGGAGCUGCCGGACAUCAGCCAGCUGAAGGUGGGCUCUGUGGAAGAGUUCCAGGGCCAGGAGCGGCAGGUGAUCCUCAUCUCCACGGUGCGCAGCUGCAGCAUGUACCUCCAGUUCGACCAGACCUUCAGGCUGGGCUUCCUCAAGAACCCCAAGAGGCUUAACGUGGCCAUCACCAGGGCCAAGGCUCUGUUGAUCGUGGUGGGUAAUCCUACCGUGCUCAGCAAGGACCAGCACUGGCUCAGGUUCCUCAGGUACUGCAAGGAACAGGGGGGCUACACCGGAUACCCUUUCGAGGAGGAGGGCACAGCUGAGGACAGACUCGCCGACGACCUGCAGGCACUGCAGCUCAGAGUUUAG